AUGCGUUUCGCGUUCGCCCUGCUAUUUGUGGUGACAUGGCGAGGCGCCUGGUGCCUGGACUACGCGUCUGCGUGUGCUCGUCCUCACCGCACCAGCCGAGCCUACCUCCCGGACGCGCCUUGCGACCUUACCAAGCAGAGCUACUGCACAACGCCUGGAAACAGCUACCCUUGGCACGCGAUACGACGAUUCGUGCGUGAAAACCAGGGUCUAAUGAGACGAAUGUAUGGAGAAGAACGUCACAUAGCCGUCCUCAAAGCAGAAAUAGAAAACUUCAUCGAAGACGAUGACGAUGAUAAGUCCAAGGGAUUCGCCGAAGAUAUAAUAAAAACUAAAAUUAAGUACACUAAGAAAUCGCAUCGCGGUAUCAAAGAUAAACCUCACUUCAGACCGAUACAAAGUGAUAAACAAAAGAAAGACAACGAUACCCUUAAAGUCAAACCAUUAGAUAAUUUCACAUCUACUAACAAAACAAAAAGUGAGAAUAAGAAAGUUGAAAAAGUUGUUGAAAAUGAAACUAUUGACGAAUCAGGGAUUUCAUACAAAACUAAACUAGAGAGUAUAGCUAAUAUAGAAAUUAAUAAUAUAGACCCAGAUGUUAUAACAUUGGAGGCAGUGAUUAAACAGAGUAUAGAAACAAACAGUAUUUAUCCAAACCCUUCUAGUAUACCUAAAAUAGAUUCAGAGAAGAUAGACAAAACAAGUGAUGAAGGUAAUAUAACAACAAGCACAGAAAAUAUUAAUGUAACAGAUACAACGGACCAAUUCGAUGAAUCAACGACAGAGAUUAAGGACGGUUUAAGGGCGGGUGAAGCGUCAACCUUACCACCUACUUUACUCUUCUCUGAACAUGAAAAAGGUAAAAUCGAUCGUAUAGAUACUAAAGUUAAUGAGAAGAAAGAGGAAUUCCACCCCAAACCCCAGGAGACAAUGCGACCCGCUGUUAUUAAACUAAGAGGAGCGAAUGCCUGUGAGUCGAAGGAAGAGAUGGCUGCCCCUUUUUGGGCCAAUAGUACGCGGGGCGAAGUUCUAGCGCUGCUAAAUAUGUACCCCUUCGAGCAGUACAUACAUCUAGAGACAUGCGUUCACGAACACAAGCAGAUGUAUUGUAGAGAAGGUUGCAGAUGUGAACAGCAGUACCGAAUACACCGCCUGCUAGCGUAUGAUCCGCGGAACGAAUGUCGCGGAAUUUUCGCCGACUGGUUCAAAUUCCCAGCCUGUUGCGUCUGCAAAUGCUAUGACGUUCCCUUGGAGUUCAGGGCUCGGUCACCGAGGAUCGUUCGCCCCCAAUACGACGAAGACGUCAGAAGAAUCAUCUAUGAAGACGUAGCUAGGGACUGGUAUUCACUAUCGUAUGAUGACGAUGAUGAUGACUUCUACUGA